AUGGAAAAGGAAAAUCAAACCAGAGUGUCUGAAUUUCUCCUCCUGGGCUUUUCAAGUUGGCCAGAACAGCAGGGCCUCCUUUUUGCACUUUUCCUGUGCCUCUACUUAACAGGGCUUCUUGGAAACAUACUCAUUUUGCUCGCUAUCGGCUCCGAACAACGCCUUCACUCCCCCAUGUACUUCUUCCUUGCCAAUCUGUCCUUGGUCGACCUCUGUCUUCCUUCAGCUACAGUCCCCAAGUUGCUGCAAAACCUCCAAACACAGACUCAGUCCAUCUCCUACUCCAGCUGCCUAGCCCAGAUGUAUUUCUGCAUGAUGUUUGCCAACAUGGACAACUUCCUUCUCACAGUGAUGGCCUAUGACCGCUAUGUUGCCAUCUGCCACCCUUUGCACUACUCCACCAUCAUGACGCAAAGGCUCUGUGCUGCUCUGGUGGCUGUUCCCUGGGUCAUUGCCACUUUGAACCCACUCUUGCACACCCUCCUGUUGGCCCGUCUGCACUUCUGCUCGGACAAUGUUAUCCGUCAUUUCUUCUGUGACAUCAACUCUCUCCUCCCUCUCUCCUGUUCAGAUACCAGCCUGAAUCAGAUCAUGGUCCUGGCUGUUGUGGGACUGAUCUUUGUGGUUCCGUCAGGCUGUAUUCUGGCGUCUUAUACCCUCAUCAUCUCUGCGGUGAUGAAAAUCCCUUCCACCCAAGGAAAACUCAAAGCUUUCUCUACCUGUGGGUCCCACCUUGCCCUGGUCAUUCUUUUCUAUGGAGCCAUCACAGGGGUCUAUAUGAGCCCCUCAUUAGAACAUUCAACUGAAAAAGACUCGGCAGCAUCUGUGAUUUUCAUGGUGGUAGCGCCUGUAGUGAAUCCUUUCAUUUAUAGUCUAAGGAACAAUGAGUUGAAGGCAGCCUUAAGGAAGGUUCUAGGCCAGAGCAAGAUCUCCCAGUAA